AUGCACUCGGUGGUGUCUGAGCUGCUGCAGCCGCUGCCUUUCCUGCUGCUGCUGCUGCAGCCUAUUCAGCGGGAGCAGCAGCGACUAGACCAGUACAAGCAGCAGCAGCAGCAACAGCAGCAGCAGCAGCAACAGCAGCAGCAGCAGCAACAACAGCAGCAGACAGAUCAAGCCACGGAACAAACAGUAGCAGGCGCAGCAGCAGCAGAAGCAGCAACACCAGCGGCAGCAAUUGUUGCAGCAACAAAAAGCACAGUAGCAGCAGCAACAACAAGCAACUCAGCAACUGCAGCAGCAGCAAGAGCAGCAACAGCAGCAGCAGCAGCAGCAGCAGCAGCAGCAGACGAACUUGAGCGCCUCCAGAAUCCGAGUUUAUCUUUAACCCUUUCUAUCAACCCUCGCCGAGGCCCACAUACUGCUGCAGCAGCAGCAGCAACAGCAGCAGCAGCAACAGCAGCAGCAGCAACAGCAGCAGCAGCAGCAGCAACAGCAGCGACAGCAGCAACAGCAGCAGCAGCAUGA